AUGCCUUCUCAAGUGGCGACGUGUUUGCGGUUUGCGAGGCAGUUUUCUGCUGAUCCGAGCAAGCAUCAACGCUUCCUGGCGCGGGCCUUCUCCAGUAGCGUCCGUCGACCUGAAAUCAACAAGGUGUUCUCGUCCGCAGAUGUCGCGAUCAAGGACAUGAAGUCCAAUUCGACCCUGCUGGCGGGCGGAUUCGGUCUGUCCGGUGUGCCCGACACGCUGAUCAAUGCGGUGCGCGCCAAAGAGUCAAUCACGGGCUUGACGGUCGUCAGCAACAACGCGGGAGUCGACGGAGCCGGCCUCGGUCUUCUCCUGCAGUCGAAGCAGAUCCGCAAGAUGAUCGCCAGCUACGUCGGCGAGAAUAAGACCUUCGAGCGCAUGUACCUGACCGGCGAGAUCGAGCUCGAGCUGACACCCCAGGGUACGCUCGCCGAGCGGUGUCGCUCCGGCGGCGCGGGCAUUCCGGCCUUCUACACGCCCGCGGCGCUGGGUACGGUCGUGCAGACGGGCGAGCUGCCGCUGAAGCACAACCCCGACGGCACGGUGGCGCUGUACGGCGAGCCGCGCGACGUGAAAGUCUUCGACAAGAAGAGCUACGUCAUGGAGGAGGCUAUCAAGGGCGACUACGCCUUCGUCAAGGCCUACAAGGCCGACAAGCUCGGCAACUGCCAGUUCCGCUACUCAGCGGCGAACUUCAAUGGUGCCAUGGGCCGCAACGCUAAGAUGACCAUCGUCGAGGCCGAGCACAUCGUCGAGCCUGGCGAGAUCGAGCCCGCCGCUAUCCACCUCCCCGGCAUCUACGUCAAGCGCGUCGUGCAGAGCACCGCGCCCAAGAACAUCGAGAAGUACACCUUCGCCAAGGACGAGGCCGAGAGCGCUGACGCCGCCGCCGCGCUGGGCAAGGGCGACACGGCCUCCAAGCGCGAGCGCAUCGUGCGCCGCGCCGCCAAGGAGUUCAAGAACGGCAUGUACGCUAACCUGGGAAUCGGCAUGCCCAUGCUCGCGCCGAACUUCGUCGACCCCUCCGUCGAGGUGCAGUUGCAGUCUGAGAACGGUAUCCUGGGCCUCGGUCCCUACCCCAAGAAGGGCCAGGAGGACCCGGAUCUGAUCAACGCGGGCAAGGAGACGGUCACGCUGCUGCCUGGCGCGGCUUGCUUUGGCAGCGACGAAUCGUUUGGCAUGAUCCGCUCGGGCCGUAUUGAUCUGACGAUUCUGGGCGCCAUGCAAGUGAGCGCGCGAGGUGAUCUGGCUAACUGGAUGCUCCCCGGCAAAAUCAAGGGCUUCGGCGGCGCCAUGGACCUAGUGUCGAACCCGACCUCGACCAAGGUCGUCGUGACGAUGGAGCACACCGACAAGAAGGGCAACCCGAAGAUUGUCAAGCAGUGCGAGUUCCCGCUGACGGGCAAGACGUGCGUCAGCCGCAUCAUCACCGACCUGUGUGUGUUCGACGUUGACUUCACCUCGGGCUUGACGCUCGUGGAGCUGGCGGAUGGGGUGACGGUUGAUGAAGUGCGGAGUAAGACCGAGGCGCCGUUUCAGGUUGCUGAGGAUGUGAAACCGAUGCUGUAG